ACACACAAUCAACAAGUACUCUCCAAACACUCUUAUAGCAUCAUUUCUAUAAUAUCAUACUUAAAUUGCCAUAGAAAACCAGACUUAUUUUGUAUUCUUUUUUAUUUGUAGUGGUCAAGAGCAAAUAGGCUAGUUUAUUACUUUUAAAUUAUUUUAAAUUCACAUGUCAGCUAUGAUUUCGUGCCAUGAGCCUUUGGAAUUAACUGGCAAUGAGCUGGUUCACAUACUCAGGACACCGCGGGACCGGUACACCUCUGCUGGGUGUGUGGUGCUGGACUGCAGACCUUUCCUCGAGUUUUCUUUGGCGCACAUUUGCGAGUCUCGAAACGUCAACUGGAACUCAAUGCUGCGUCGUAGAUCCAAGGGCUCGGUGGUGGCUCUGGAGUGGCUCAUACCGGACAAGACGUUCCUGUGCCGCCUGCGUCGCGGGGAGUUCUCCUCUGUGGUGGUGACGGAUAAGAACAGCCGCUCCCUGGCCGAGCUAAAGCCAGAGAGCGUGUCCCAGAUGCUGAUCACCGCCCUGCAAAACGAAGUCGAGACGCAGAUCUGUUUUCUACAAGGUGGAUUUGAGGGGUUUUCAGAGGCUUAUCCCGAGCUGUGUUACAGUAAUGACCUCUCUACAGUGGAGCCAGAGCCAACAGUGAAGGGUCGGAGGACACCAACAUAUGAUCAGAAUGGUCCAGUGGAGCUGCUGCCCUUCCUGUUUUUGGGCAGUGCCAUCCACUCCUCCCGCAGAGAGACCCUGGCAGAAGCGGGCAUCACAGCUGUGCUCAAUGUUUCUUCCACCUGUCCUAACUUCUACGAGGGGGAGCUCGUGUACCUGCGGCUCACUGUGGAGGACAGUCUGGCUGCUGACAUCAGAGCCUACUUCUACACAGCCAUUGCCUUCAUUGACUCAGUGAAGCAGAGUGGUGGUCGGGUGCUGGUGCAUUGCCAAGCGGGUAUCUCCCGCUCUGCCACCAUCUGUCUGGCCUACCUCAUGCACACACAGCGUUUUCGGCUAGAUGAGGCCUUCGACUUUGUGAAGCAGCGGCGUCACGUCAUCUCACCCAACCUGGCCUUCAUGGGACAGCUGCUGCAGUUUGAGACUGACGUUUUUUGAUGCAAGUACAUUUCAGAAGUGUUCACUUUGUUCAUUCAGAGAAGAAGCCACUUGUGCUGCUGGCAUCACAUGGCUGGUGGAUCUGGAUUUCCAUUUUAAAUAGAAACUGACAGAAAGGAUCUUGAUCCUGAAACAGCAGUUUGCAAUAUAAACCCCAGUGUAGUACACAUAAUAACAGCUGUGAUCUUGAGCCAGAAGAUGGAGCAGCUAUUACACAAUUUCCCGGACACUUUUAAUAUUUUUACGUGCUUGUGUGUGCUUGUGUGUGUGUUUUUUUUUUAUUACAUUAUGUUAUAUAUGCCUGAAUAUUUGCAAGGGCUGUCUUAUUUUCAUACUGAAAGUUGUUCUGUCACAGCUACAGCCACUGUGACAUGAUGUGUUCUAUGAGACAAUACUGUGCUACCUACUUAGAGCAAUAAUGGAUCUCAAGUUUUACUAAUUUAUGAAAAUGCCCUUACCAGGGCUGGUGCCUUAUCAUUCUGUGCUGAGAUUGAUCACACGUUGUACACUCAAACUUAAUGAAGAUGUUCUAACAUGUAAAUAGAAUGUGUAUUUAUUAUUUCAAGAUUUGUUAUAUAUUUACAAGGUCUGGCCAAUUCCUGAUGUUUUUGCACUAAAAUAAAAGCAUGCCAGAAAACACACUGGGUCUAUUUACUCUGUUUUUUCCUUUACACUGUAGUCUAUACAACACACCUCACUUUUUACACUAACACCCAACACUGGUUCUCCAGACAGUGUGUUGCAGUCUUUUCACAGAGCACAUUACAUAUGGAUAAUUUCACACACUGACCUUGCCACACUUGAUUCAUUCUUGCUGAACCAGAAGGUAUUAAAUCUGUGCAUUGCUAAGUAUUUUAGAGGAUUAUCUGCAGAGAGUGGGUCUUACAGACUUCCUGACCUCAGCAACCACAGACAUACAUUUCACAUCUGCUUGCUGAAGUUGCGAGAGCAACUUUGGACAUUUGGGGGGAGAAUCUGGUAAAAAAAAAAGUUCACUUGUGAUAGAGUAGGAAUCGACGCGCAGUCAAGAACUUUGGAUUGUCCACAUCAUUGUCUGAUUUGUAGGCAUGACAUUUUGAUAUAAUUCUGUACCUUCAUGUUACACACUGUAUGUAGCUUUGGUGCUGUUCAUCAUUUUUUAGAUUUCAACUGGACUAUUAUCUGUAUUACAUCCACAGUGGGCCACAUUUAAGCAUGUCCGCAUUUGUUUGCUGGAUGGAUUACAUGCUCUCAAAGGUCAAAGGAAUUCAAACUGUACCUCACAGCAUUAUGAGUUUCUACUCAAAGCUCAGCUGUAAUGCAAUUGAAAUCAGUAUAUUAUAUAUUGUCUCUAAAGCUGACCAUAUCAGAAAAAAUGACAAAGAACUUCUGCUAAUAGUG